AUGUUCCGCACACCAGAGUUGGCUCCUGGGUUGGAGUUCAUAUCCCAAGGCCAACCUUCGGCACAGAGGUCCGAUAUCAAAGCUCCAUUGUUGGACAUCAAUAUCCACGAUAAGAGAGCUUCCGAGAAGUAUAUCUUCGCCAGUCCGCAAUCCCCCUGUUACCAGUCGGGCCCUACAAUCUACGAUGCCCGUGGGGAACUGAUUUGGUCGGGUGCCGCCGACGGCUUCGCAUCCGGCGCCUACGCGUUCCACGCCUGUGACUACCAAGGCUCAACGGCAGCCCAUCUGUGCAUGGUCCACAGUGCCACGAUGUUCGGGAACGGCUGCGGGCUCGGCCUCAUCCUCGACGCGAGCUACCGUAUCGUCAGGGUCAUCCAACUGCCGGGCGGCACGGAUAUGCAUGAAUUCAGUCUCGUCGAUCAUGGAACGCGAGCCCUGGUGACGCAGUACCCCGUGCGACACCACGACUUCGCACACGCUUUCAACCCGCAAGGCCUGCAGACGGUGUACGAGAGCGUUUUCAUAGAGUUGGACCUCUGGACAGAGGGCGGAAGCGACGUCGAUGCCGUCACGUACCGGUGGAACUCGCUUGACCAUGUGAAGGUGAAGGACGCGGCGCGGUCUAUCGACUUCAAGGCCGGCAAGGCGCCGCACUAUGACUAUUUCCACAUCAACAGCGUUGCGAAGAAUGCGAACGGGGACUAUCUCGUCUGUGCUCGACACACAAGCGCGGUGUACAAGGUGUCAGGCGUCGACGGUAGCAUUAUCUGGACACUCAGCAGUGGGCCUGAGUCCGAUUUCCAGCUUGUCGACUUCGUGCUCUGGGGUCCUCAUCAUGCACAAUGGCGCUCGGCAAGUGUCAAUGACAGUCACACGGUUCUGACUCUCUUCAACAAUGGUCGCGACGGCCCUACCAGUCGCACGAACUAUUCCUCGGGCAUGGUAAUCGCAUUAGACCAUGAGUCUUCUCGGGUCCUUUCAGACCCGCCCAACUCCAACGUCCUGCUGGGUUGGGGUUCGCAACCACACAUCACCGAGCAUCUAGAAGAUGGUACUCUAGUGUUCCACGCCUCCAUCGCUGGAGGCGGGUCUACCUAUCGCGUAUCCAAGUCCGACUGGGUGGGCCGUCCGUCGGACGCCCCGGCGCUCUGGAGCUACGCCCGCACCGCGGAGGAUCAGGGGUCUCCUACCGUGUUCUACGUCAGCUGGAACGGCGCGACGGAAGUUUAUACCUGGAACUUCUACGCGGUCGGUGAUCGCGCCGAGGACAUAGAUUCUCUCCGCGUGCUGGGCUCAAAGCAGCGAACUAGUUUCGAGACUAAUUUCACCAUCACGGAGUAUGUGCCGCGAUCGUUCGUGGAAGCCGUCGCCAGGGAUGGCAGGUUGCUUGGCAACUCCUCUGUCGUUCCGACAUGGGUACCUGGUGAUCAUAUUAGCGAGUGGUGCGAUGACUGGGUGUGUCCAGAAAGAGAAUCUGAGUUCCGGGUGAGAUACAACACGCUCCCGGACCUUCGACGCCUUCCGGCCCCCGAUGAUGGUAUUGGGGAGUUUACGAAACCAUAUCUGGGGUCUCAGAAUUACACAGACUACCCAGAGGUUGCUUUCGUCAUUUUGAACGGGUUGAUAAGUGGUACUGUUUUGUCAAAUGCUGAACCUGAGGAGAUAGACUCAGCAAGACCGAUCGGACAACGUUCGUAG